CAGUGGGGAGAAGGGCUGGACGCAGCGGGGUCUACCAAGGUAGCUCUAAUGGUGCGACUAGAACAGGGAACGGGAUUUGGGGCUGAAGCACCAAGUAGGGGGGAGAUGAGGAGCCAGGAUUGAGGAGGGGCGUGGCCCGGGCUUUCUCUUCGGUUCCACUAGACCGGACACCCCGGAUCCCUAGGACGGGAGAGGGGUGGGAGCCCGGACGCCUGAGUUCUUAAAGCAGUGUAGUGUGCAGGGUGACGGGAAUUAAGGACGCCUGAGGCGGGGUACUUCCCCACCUCCAAGAGAGCGGUCUCCAUCUUUGCCUGUUCCCAAAACAGCGGAAUCCAGAAUAUCCUCUCCCACAUUAAGCCCUGUUUCAAAAUGGCUGCCCAUCUAUGCCCCGCCCCCAAAUGGCCGCCCCCACUGCAACUACUCCUAAUAAGAUGGCGGCCCUCAUGCUCCUGACCUCUCUGGUUGUUACCUGAUGGCCAAUAGUGCCGGACCUUCGCGAGAGGGAGGUAGGACCAAGCUAGAAGCCCGGGCUCCGAUUGGCUGUUACUUCGUGCCAAUAGUUCCACGCCUGCUCGGGGAAGGCCCAAGCUGGAAAAUCGCCCGCUUACUGGUUUAUUCACUGUGGAAAACAGAACCGUGUCGCACAAGGAGCUGUACAUUGCACGGGGAAAUGAAAGCAUGUUGAAUGGGCAGCAGGUUCCACAGGGAAACAAGAGCGUGUUGGACCAGGGCUGUGUAUUGCAUGUGGAAGAUACUGGCCGAAGUGGAGGCAGCGCUAGAACCUCCCGAGCGGGAUCGAGAGGAGCCCGAGCUGCCGGCACGCGUGCGCGCUGAAUAUGCGGCGGACACCCGUCAGAAGCAGAAGCUCCUGUGCUCGCAGCUGCAGGUUGUCGCCUUCCUCCUUGAUGCCUUUGCGAAGGCCCCAGGCCCUCGCCCCAAUCAGGAGCACAGUGAUGCCCUUGUCCGCCAAGAGGUUAUAGCAGCGAAGCAAUGCUGGAAGGAGCUGAAAGCUGGGUACCAGGCAGGGGUAGCAGCGCUGACAGAGGCAGCCCCAGGGGCCCUGGCUCAGUUCAACAGGGCCCAGUGCCAAGCCCAGUGCCUACAGGAUGCCCUCACUCGCCACCAGCACCAGCGACAGGGAACAUUAAAGAAGCAAUGGGUAGCACAGGAGCAACUACUGCAGGAGCAGGUGUUAGGGCUCCGGGCCAAAGUGACAUCAGGCUGCACCAAGCGCAGCCACCUCCAGGGGGAGCUGCAGAGUCUCCAGGAUGAAGCCCAGGCCUGGCGGGACACCGCCCAGCAGGCCCUGGAUUGGUGCCACCUGCUUGAGACCCUUCAGGGAGCUCAGUUGCUCCUGCCCAUGGGGGGCAGAACCUCACCUGAGGCGGCGGAGCUAGAGCUGAGCUGGGCCCCGCCCCCUGGGGACCUCGAGGCUGCUGGCCCUCCUUUGCGGGUUGCCCUGUGCCAGGCAUCUGGGGGCAAAGUUGAGGUCAUGCCAUGCUGCCCACUGUUCCUGCCCCCCAAGGCUCUGCCCCCUGGGCUUGGCCCUGCCCUCCUGGAGCUGGAGUGGAGCCGCCGCUGCCAGGCCCAGCUCUUGGCUGAGAUCACAGAGCUGCAGCAUCGGUUCGCCAUUGACUGGGAUCCCCAGAGGCGGCACCUGCGACUCCUUUGCCCUACAGCAGUCUGGACCCUGGAGGUGGAGCCGGGCUACCCAGGGGAUGGGGGAGUGCGACUGAGCACAGGGUCCCCCCUCCCCUGUCUGGGCCAGCCCCCCCAGGAAGCCUCAUCCCUGAGCAACUGGCUGGAGUAUCUCAGUGCCUUGGAUGCAUGAGACAUUCCCUUCUCCUUCCCCAAGUUUUGGGGUGAUUCCUUCCUCCCCCCUUCUUGGAAAUAAACUUGCACUGGCUUGGUC